UACCUAGGAAGGAUUGCUGAGCCACUCAGGCUGGCAGUGGCACUACCUAAGGCUAUAUUGCUGAAGUGCGGGGGAGAAACGUCAACCGAAUUAAGACCAAGCGCCGUUGCCCGCGCACUCGUUAAUACGUGGAUGGUUUGACUUUGAGCAGAGGCAGCCUUGCUCAUUUGCACGCAGCAUCAGUUGCUUCAUUCUAGGUCGUCUUAGUUGCACCUGGUUGGAACAAUGACGAGAUUUGCAUGCUAGUUGUAUACGAAUCGGUCAAUCGGAAAGGUCAGUCUCAUUUUACUGCGGACUCUUGUCGCUGUAGAGACCACGGCAGGAUCAACCUUGAAAUGCAGAGUGCCGCCGCACUGGCCUUGGGCCGCGAGUACGUACUUCUGCGGCACUCGCGCUGUGGUCCUUCUGGUUCUCCUCUGAAAGCGCCGGAGGGCAGCCUAUCGCUGUGGCCCUGCAGCAGGCGUGGUGGCGCUGCGCUACAUGUGCCUUCAGCAGAGACGUGCCCUGGCGUGUGUUUAGCAGCGGCCAGACGGCACUGCCACCUUCCAGACCUCCAUGGACAGUCCAGGCAAACAGCGGGGCCAGGCUGCCAAGCUCGAAGAAGCUUGCAGCAAACGGCUCAGGUUUGUAUAGGUAGGCGAGGGCGGGCUCACAUUGAACGAUUGCAGGCACGCGAGUUGGGGACUGGUCGGCAGGGGCCGUCUGCGAGCACGUCCGCUGUGGCCGCGUUGGCGCAGGAGGGGCGCUCGAAGUCAGAGGGGGCGACAGAGGAAGCUGUACACCAGCUGGAGGACCAUGUGGUCGAAAGCAGGCCAUUGGAGGAGAAUGAGACGGGGCCAGUCAUCAUCCGGGUCAGAGAGUGCGCCGAUGGGAGCUUCAUCUUUGACUUUGGGGACGCUGCUGAGCGGCCGGAGCAGGAUCCGCUGGACGCCUUUGUGCGGGGUGCCCCCUCAGCGGAGGAGGCACCACCUGAGAGCAUCGCAGCCAGUACGGAGCUCCAGGCAAGCCAAGGAGUGGACGAAGCAGAGGAGGACUUGCCGGUCGAAGCAGAUGCAGCUCAAAGCAGUUUGACCGCCAGCAGCGAGGGCGGCAGUGUGGUUGAGUCGAGCGGCCCUUCGCUGCGGCUCAAUUCUGGUGGAUCAUCGCUGCCGCACCCAGCCAAGGUUGAGAAGGGCGGCGAGGACGCCUUCUUUUGUACCGAAAACGGGAAGUCAAGCUACGUAGGGGUCAGCGACGGAGUGGGGGGCUGGGCUACUCUAGGCAUCAAUGCGGGGCUGUACUCGCGGGAGUUGAUGUACCACUGCCAGCGGCUGGCGGGCGACGACAUCCUGCCGCGCAGCAUGCUCAUACGUGCACAUAAGAUGACCAAGGCCACCGGCUCCGCCACCGCGAUGGUGGCACGGCUUCGUGGAAAUCGGCUCCGCGUUGCCAACCUGGGGGACAGCGGCUUCCUGCUCGUGAGGGAUGGCCAGGUCGCUCUGGCGUCAACGCAGAUGCAGCACGCUUUCAAUUUUCCGUUUCAGAUUGGCAGCAAAGGCGGAGACGAUCCUGACGCAGCCAAGGACUACGAGGUCGAAGUCGAGCGGGGUGAUCUUCUUAUUCUCGGAACGGAUGGCCUCCACGAUAAUCUCUUCGAAAGGGAGAUUGCGGAAGCAGCCGCCAUCCUCAAGAGCAAGGGGGUCAGUCCACAGCUGGCGUCUCAGCAGAUUGCCGCAUUCGCUCAGCAACGGUCCGUGCUCAAGGGGGGGCUCUCACCGUUUGCUGUCCAAGCGGAUGCUGCGGGGUAUAAGCACCUGGGGGGCAAGCCAGAUGAUAUCACGGUCGUUGUGGCAUACAUCGAGUAGGGCAGGUACUGCGUAUGUACUCUCGAUGUACGUUAUUGGCGCGGAAGUGUGCAAGUCAUUAUUGAGGUUAACUUUUGCAGGUCAUUGGGACUGCUUUGUUCCGCAUUGCGAGCAACUAGGACUAGGCUUCUGCUUUCGAGGCAGAGAGGUGUAUGAAUAAAAAAAUCACUGCGUUUUUGGUUUCCCUGCUCAUCUCGAGUAAAGCAACUGAUGGUGCAAGAUUGCAGAUACUCUCGGGGCAGUACUAGAAUACAGUCAACCGAUGCCGUGCUGGCUGUGGAAUCACACCAAGAAACCAAUGCUGCUGCGCUUCUUUCCACCCGUACAUACCUAUCUAGAGCUUUAGUAACGGCCAAACACAUGAUAGAGGCCCCGGC